AUGGCUACGCGCAGUCUCACCGACGUCUUCCUGCUGAUGCGCAACAACGCGCAGCAGACGCGGCACAUGUACUCGACGCACGGCACGUCGGACUCGGACGCGCUGGUGGGCCACGAGCCGGACCUGGAGGCCGGCGCGCCGCCGCCGCCCUGGCUGGCCACCAUGCAGCAGGUGCAGUUCGGUGUGCGAGACGUGCACGAGCGGCUCCAGGAGCUGGACGCGCUGCGGCAGCGCCACCUGACGCGGCCCACGCUCGACGACAGCUCGGCGGACGAGCAGCGCAUCGAGGCGCUCCAGCACGACAUCACGGACGCGCUGUCGCGCGCGCAGCGCAGCCUGCAGCUGGUGCAGCGGGCCGGCCGCUCGUCGCCGCCGGCGGAGGCGCGCCUCAACCGGCAGGUGGUGCUGGCGCUGGCCACGCGGCUGCAGGAGCUGAGCGGCCAGUUCCGCUCGUCGCAGGGCGGCUACCUGCGCCAGCACCAGCAGCGCGAGCAGCGCGCCCAGGGCUACUUUGACGCCAUGGUGCUGGAGGAGGCGGCGGUGGGCGCUGACUCGGCCGAGGACCGGGCGUUCAUGCAGGGCGGCGCGCCGCUCAGCGAACAGGAACUGCUGCAGCUGGAGGAGGAGACGGCCGCGCUCCAGCAGCGCGACACAGAGGUCCAGGAGCUGGUGCGCUCCAUCGCCGAGCUCAACACCAUCUUCCGCGACCUGGCGCAGAUGGUGGCCGACCAGGGCCAGGUGGUGGACCGCAUCGACGUCAACGUGGAGAGCACCCAGGUGCGCGUGUCGCAGGGCCUGCGUCAGCUGCAGAAGGCCGACCAGUACCAGCGCCGCGGCCGCAAGAUGACCUGCAUCUUCGGCAUGGCCGGCCUGAUCGUGCUCCUGCUCAUCAUCCUCAUCUCGGUCAAGUCGUAG